AUGGCCUUCUCCAUGGCCAUGGGCUGGAGCGAUGGGGAGUUGAAGAUGCAGAAGCUCCUCAACGUCCCCGACAUUGACAACCCAACCUCAUCCAUGCUCACUCCCCAAGCCUCCUCGAUGCUCCAGCGAGCGCCACUUCUCGCUAUUGGAACGCUCGAUGGUCAAGGCCGCCCUUGGACUGCGCUGUGGGGUGGGACCCCUGGCUUCUCCGAGCCCAUUGGAGGCAACUUUGUUGGAACGCGAACGCUCGUCGACAGCAAGCAUGAUCCAGUUGUGCACGCGCUUCUUGGGAGCUCGCCAAAGAACAUGACAAUGCAGCCAAAGGAUGGCGGCAAGAUGCUUUCCGGGCUGGCAAUCGACCUUGUCACGCGAAAGAGAAUGAAGCUUGGCGGCAAGAUGAUCGCUGCGACGGUGAGGGAAGUGGACAUCGAGAGCGAAGCCGAUGCAGAGCUGCCUGCGGAUGCGCCCAAGACACAAAACCAGGUACAGCUGGUCACCAAGAUUGAAGAAAGCCUGGGGAACUGUCCGAAGUAUCUAAAUCAGUACGAAUUCAGACCUGCGAUGGCCACACCAAGUCUCGUGUCUGAAGGACCCAGUCUUGGAUCUGAAGGCAGAGCCCUCAUCGACAAAGCUGACAUGUUCUUCCUCUCGUCCGCCACUGCCUCAGACAUGGACACGAACCACCGGGGCGGCCCGCCGGGCUUCGUCCGCAUCAUCUCGCCCACCUGCAUCAUAUACCCAGAGUACUCUGGCAACCGGUUCUACCAGUCUCUCGGAAACCUGUACCAUAACCCACUCAUCGGUAUGACGUUCCCCGACUACGAAACAGGGGAUGUUUUGUACACCACAGGUACCGCAGAGAUACUCGUUGGCGAAGACGCAGCACAGAUGAUGCCGGGCGCAAAUCUCGCCGUAAAAAUCAAUUUCACAGACACGCGCUUCGUAGCCAAGGGGCUCACCUUCAGAGGAGAGCGGAAGCCCAACGGAGCAAGUCCAUACAACCCGCUCCUCCGCACGCUUGCCUCAGAAGGUAACAAGGCUUCUCUCUUUUCAUCCGCCUCCCACCAAACCGCAAAGCUCGUCAAGAAAGAGCUUCUUACUCCCACCAUUGGUCGCUUCACUUUCUCCGUCUCCGACGGCCUCGCCUACGAACCAGGCCAAUGGAUGGCCUUAUCCUUUGCAGAUGAGCUAAAGCAGGGGUACCGGCACAUGGACAACUCAGAUCCACGCAGCUUGAAUGACGACCUCGUGCGAACCUUCACCAUCUCCUCAUUCCCCUCUCCGAAACAAGAAGAGAACCAGGAGUUCCACAUGACGAUCCGCUCUCUCGGCACCGCGACCGACUUCCUCUUCAAGCAAUCCGCCGAUUCAAAACUCGAACUGCCCAUCCUUGGCGUUGGCGGCGACUUCGUCAUCGAACAAGGCGAAGCCGAGCGAAAAAACGGAGACCACGCCGGUGCGCUACUCCCCUUCGUCGCAAGCGGCGUGGGCCUGACGCCGCUCCUGGGCCAACUCCCAACGCUCAACCUCGACCCCGAAAAGUUCAUCUUCAUCUGGACCAUCAGAGCCGCGGAUCUCGACUUCGUCGUCGACACGCUGACGCGCCACGACGGGCUGGCGGCUGCCACGACCAUGUACGUCACGGGCUGUGCCGAGGGCGAGGAAGCAGAUGUAAGGAAGAAAAUCGAGCAGCUCGGGGCUAGAGUUGAGACGCGCAGACUGGCCAAGGAGGACCUGGUUGCUGUGGGUGCGCAGAAGUGGUAUUUGUGCGCUGGCAAGGGGUUCAAGGAGCAGGUGCUGGGCUGGUUGAAGGGGAAGGAGGUGGAGCAUGAGGAAUUUGGGUUUUGA